CCUCAAUAUGAAUAGAAUGGUGGAAUUCAACAUAUUUUAUAAACCUAUUACAUGCAAAAAAAUACAAACAUGCAAAAAAGUCCUAUAUCUGCUCUUUAGCUUAUGGGUUUUAAGAGACCAGCGCCCUUCAACAACUUAACAUGGAUAUUAUUGGAUUGCAUUGGUCAAUUACUCCUCAUCUAUUCCUGAUAGUUAUACUGUAGGCUAGCGUUGCUUGCAGCAUUUCUGUGCAACUGCAAGAUGUUUUUGCAGAAUUCUACAUGUAAGAUUUCUGUUGGACUUUAGUCCCAAUUACUGUAUUCACAGUUUAGAGUUGGGCUCCAAACUUCACUGCCGUGUAAAAGGAUUGGUUGUAUAACUCUCUCACAAUGUUAAAAUGACUCUAAGGUUUCCCCACUCGUGUCAACGUCAUAUUCCUCCGACAGACAAGAACCAAUCAAAACGCGAGACUGUUAAGCAGUUCCACCCCCAAAACCGGGGCUGCGUCAUACCUCCGCGUCUUUUCAAAGAGAAGAACAACAACAAACGCCAGAAAUUUAAAAGAAAAAAAGAUUGAGCUCCGCAGAGUUCUUUUUAAAUUAUUUAACAUUUUGUUGCGCGCCACUUGACAAGGCGUGGACGAUAAAUAAUAAAAACUACUAAACAGAAUCCGGUCUGCUGCCAUGGACAGUGUGAAUAUGGACUCUGUCCAGAUUAAAGAGGAGUUCCCUGAACUUGAACUUGUCCCCAUUAGAGUGGAGUUCUCUGGGCUGGCUUCCCUCCCCAUUAAACAGGAGCUCUGUGAGAUACAAUGUGACAGCAGCCAGCCAGAGGUCUCUGACAUUAAAGCUGAGCACAAUGAAUUGGAGAUCCCCCAGACAGAAGAACCCCUUCCUGUUAAACAAGAAGAGGUGCUGGAAACUGUCCGUAUUAAACAGGAGCCCCCUGAAGUAGAGUUUGAGCACAUGGAACCAGGGAAGGAAGAAUCCAAGGACUUCAAACCAAACAUCCCUGAGCUGGAGCCUGUACGCCUGCGGGAGUGUAGCGUGGUGCUGGAGAGAAUCUGCGUGAGAGAGCAAGGCGCUGGAGAGGAAGGUUCUCCCAACAGCACGCAAGGAGGUGGAAAGGAAGACGGGCGCUCCCAUUCAGAAUGCAGUCUAGCAGGUUCCAGUCCAGCAGCUAAAGCGAGGGCGGGCGCUGGAGAAUAUCCUGACUGUGGGAAAGGGUUCACCCAGUUAGGAACCCUGAAAAGACACCAUCGAAUUCACACAGGAAAGAAACACUAUUGCUGCUCUGACUGUGGGAAGAGUUUCAGAAAAUCAGGAAAACUGUAAACAC